AAUAACAGUGCAGCUACUACCCGGCAUUCCAGCGGUCGCUGAACUCUUUUCAGUCGACACCCAGGUAGAUUAUACGCCCGGAGCUGUGUAAUAAUCGCGCGAGUGGUUGGUUUCGAAAUUUCGACGAAAGGGAGUAAAGACUCGAAAGCUCUCAGUCCAGGUUGUUUGCGGAGUGAGUUUGACCGUGGCAGGCAUUUGCAAAUCAACAUCCUGAGACCCAGGGCCAUAUGCCAUGCGGCAAAAGAACAGCUGCUAUGGCAUCCGUUCUACAUUCUAAGGGUGACCCGUACCAUGGAGUUACUGUGAAUCUGACACAGGAAUGCCCGGAAGAGAAGCGGUUUGAAGAUUGUUUGAUAAUGUCUCUUGAAGAGUGGAAAGCCAACAAGCGCCGUGGUGUAUGGCUGCAGAUUGGCGUUGCAAAUUCCUAUUGCAUACAGAUUGCAGAUAAGCACGGCUUCACAAUCCACCACGCACAGCCCGGCUAUGUCAUGAUGACAAAAUGGCUGCCCACCGAUGAACCAAAUCUCCUGCCUGGCUAUGCAUCGCACUAUAUUGGUGUUUCCGGCCUUGUUGUGGAUGAUCAGGAUCAGAUCUUGCUGAUCCAGGACAAAUAUUCUUACACGAAUGAAUGGAAGCUACCCGGUGGAGCCAUGGACCCAGGUGAAAACAUUGACGAGGCAGUGGCCCGUGAAGUGUUGGAAGAAACAGGCAUCCAAGCAGAGUUCAUCACCAUUGUGUCAAUGCGUCAUCUUCCCGAUUACCUGCACUCUCGUGGAGAUAUCAAUAUUGUAUGCCACCUGCGCGCAAAGACCUCUGCCAUUAAAAAGUGCGAGCAUGAAAUCCAUGCCUGUAAAUGGAUGAAGAUCGAGAAGUUUCUCUCCAUGUCGAAGAGUGAUGGACUCCAGGAGCAGGACAAAUACAAAGUGCAAUCAUAUCUAAAUCAACAGAAACAUGGUUUACAGAGCACACACCAUACAAUAUCAAACGCGAGAUUCUACACACCAGAGUUCAAAGUGGAGAAAGUGGAGAAAGAGGCGAUGCCAGCAGCAACGCAGAGUCCCAUCAAGUCUGACGUCGAUCGAUUGGUAAUAACGAUGACCUCGAAUGCCGCCACAUUGUGGUUGAAUCCUUUGAAGGCAGGGCCUGACUGACACACAACGCCACACGUAUCUCCUAGUCACCUGACUUGAACAUACAACUAGCCUAGCCAUGUGCAUGGCUAACAUCAUAGUGCUGGUUUGCUUCCCAUGGCUAACAUCAUAC